AUUACUAAGCAUGUAAGAGAUGAUUUCAUAGAUAUUUAGCUGAUUAUAGCCAUAGACCAUAGGAACAUAGGAACAUAUUAGUGUAUGGUGCGAUCCCUGUCCGUCAUACCAGCAAGAUCAUCACUGACAAUGAUCUCUACAAAAGAGUGGGAACCCUGAAUUAGCUUUAUAUAACUUACUGAGCUUGUGAGCCAUAUUUUCAAAAGUAAUAAACAUAAAUGACAAAACCUGGGUUCAUCAACCAGCUGUCAAAACAAAAUGUAUGUAUAAUGGCCAUUCUGUGAGAAGACACGUCCCUCGACCACACCGAAACCACCGUGUUUGUCCUGCAUCCGUGACUGGGAGACUUUCAGGUUGACAUCCACAGUCCCAUUGUAAUGCAGAGUAACAUGACGAGCUAUAAUGACAAAUAGCAGCUGGAGGCCAGGUAACAGACAGUGAGAGUAAUUGCAUUCGUGUUCUGACUGUUUGCACAGGAUCACUGAGGAGGAUCACUGAGGGAUGCUCUGAAAACGUGAUUGUCUUCUCACUAUUGUGUGUCGGUCAUAUUGUCUUGUGGUGUGCCUAUAUGGUGUUGUGUAUAUGUGGUUAAACGUCACAGACGGGCCUAUUUAAGGCUAAAAGGAUGGCACGCAGCUGUCAAUCCACAGUUAUUAGUCAUACGUGAAGUCUUGUAAUCCGAAAUGUUGAGAUUUCUUACCCACAGCCUGUGGAAGGCAGUCGUCUUACUGACUUCACUAACAGUAGGAUGUGGACAUGCGGACUCCAACUGCACAAGUCGCAGAUGUCUGGCUGAAAUGUUGAUCAAGAAAGAAUAUUUAUCUCAGCCACAAAACGAUAACUGCACCCAGCAGAUUAAUGUGCCGUUGAUUGAGUACCAGACUCUGUCAGUUGACACAAAGAAUCUCCGCCUAAUAAGUCGUCUGCAAGCCAUACUUGAAUGGACGGAUCCUGAGCUGGGAUGGAACACAUCAGUUUACCCGUAUCAUCAUGUGGUUCUGCCGGUAAGCAAAGUCUGGACCCCAGAGAUCCAUGUAACAAAUGGAAUAACAACAACUAUGAAGCACGGCUCCCGUGAUCUGCUAGUACUCCAUAACGGCACGGUGAAGCACUCUGUGAUCAUAAGUGCUGAGGUGGACUGUGAGGUCAACCUGUUCAACUAUCCCUUCGCUAGUGAUGAAUGCCCCGUCGCGAUCCAAACCUGGUCCAAAGAUGGAUGUGGUACAGAUCUGGUAUUCAACCGAUUAAAGAUGGUUGAUGGUAGCCAUGGAGAUUGGCAAACUGAAGACAUUAACCUCGAUCAAAAGAGAGAUGACCGCAAUUUCAUCAGGGUGGCAUUGAGCAUCAAAUAUACCAACCCCUUCAUAACAUUACUGCUGCCCAGUAUUCUGAUCGUCUUGGCCGACGCGGUCAGCUUCGCUCUGCCGCUGGGAGGCGGCGAACGCAACUCUUUCAAGGUCACUCUGGUGCUCAGCUUCACCAUGUUCCUUAUCAUCCUCAACGAUCAGCUGCCUGGAGACAGCCACUGCAGCCCCAUCAUCCGAACCCACUUCUGUGUUUGUCUGGUCCUCUUGGUGUUGAGCAUGCUGGUGUCCAUGGUGCUGACACGGUUGGCCAAAGAUGGCAGGCUCAAUUUCUGCUGCUUCUCCAAAGGGCCGGUCUCAGAAAUAACAGGAAACAAGGAAGAGAAAGAUGAUGAGGCUUCACUCCCUACAGAAGUCAAAGCUGACAUUAGUGUCGUCCAGCUGAACGGCUCGGAGGAGGACAGUCAAAUGCUCAGGAAGGUUGUCAACUUCCUGGAAGCUCUUAACGCACAGACUCUGCAAAGUGAGAGAAAUCAGAUGUUUGCCGACAAACUGGACAAGACAUAUUUCUGGUUAUAUUUAAUUUGUGGCACCGUAUACUUUGGUGCCAUGACCUAUGUGAUGGUAUACCAUACAUGUGAAGUUAAUCAUUUUGAAUUCUGGUACGAAUAAAAUGCACGUCAUAGCUAUAAAAACUGCUAAACUGAGCUGUUCUAAUAUCAACGUACAAAUGCAAAGAUUGAUGCAGAGCUCAGCACACAUUUAUUGCAUUUGUCACACAUUUUUUUAACCUCACAUUCUCUAUAACCUCAAAUACUGUGGUGCUCAUUUGUACUCGCAGUUCGUUUCUCGAUGUCUGAUAAAGAUGCGUGUUGGUAUACUUCUGAAAAUCAAACAAAUAAAGGAAUUUUAUCCUUCACUCCUGAUGCCAUUUUGAGUCACAUUAUAUAUGUAAGUAUGAGAAAAUGUUAAUUUAAAACUGGAACAUCUGCACACUAUGUUCAUUCAGCCCGCACAAAUGUGAGAUUUUAUUCUUUAAGAUUUUCCUACAGGACUUGCAUGGCAGUAUUAAAAAAAUAAAUAUUUUUUUUAAUCCAUGGAGUUAAGUGUGUAUAUCAUCAUAUGUCUACACAAAUAUAUAUAUAUAUAUUACAUGCAAGAAAAAGACAAAUGAAAUACUUAAUGUGAACCAGACUCUGCUGUUAUGCAGAUGACACUCAGAUCUAUUUUUCAGCCAAAACCAAUAACCUCAAUCAACUGUCCUCCCUCCAUGACUGCUUAGCAGCAACCAAAGACUGGAUGUCUCACAACUUUUCACCUCCCCCCAAUCUAUUAGAGCUGCUGAAUCUCUGGACUGUUUUAAGCAUCUUCUAAAAACCCAUCUCUAUAGGCAAGCCUUUCUAUAGGCCUCAUUCACAUGUGUGUUUGU